AUGCCUAGAUUAGUGUUACAGAAAUCUUUCAGAGUGACUGGCGUUAGGUGUGUAUGGCACAUAUCACAUGUAUGUUCAGACCGGGUCUGGAUCAGUGAUUGGUAUAACAAUCUCGUCUUGACAAAUACAGCAGGUGAAGAACUACAGCGUGUUACAGAUAUAACUAAAUAUAUUGGUGGAAUACACACUGUGACAAGUGACGGCGAUUUAAUUUAUAUAGACAUUCAUUGUGACAUCAACAAACUGUCUAAAGAUAACACAGUAAAGACUGUAUUAAUACCAUACAACACAGCACCAUGGAGACCACUGUGUGUCUACAGCUCCCCCUCCACUGGAGACCUGCUGGUCGGGAUGUAUAAUACUGAUACAGACACAGGCCAUGUAAACCGUUACACUAACACGGGACAACACAUACAGACCAUACAGUACGACAACACAGGUCCAAUACAGCAUAGAAGACUUAUAUACAUCACAGAGAACCGCAACGGAGAUGUUAUUGUGUCUAAAUAUCUCAGUGGUCCUAUUGUAGUGACGAACAGUAAAGGAAGAUACCGAUUCUCCUACACAAAUCCUAUACAACGAUUAAAACUAUACCCACGUGGAAUCUGUACUGACGCGCUAUCACACAUCCUAGUGUGUAAUUUUCAGCCCAACAACCCCGGAAUACUGAUCCUGGACAGGGACGGUGUCCUGUCAGAACAACACUGGAUGCACUCACCAUGCGGUCUGAGUUAUGAUGACAGAACUCAGUUACUCUGGGUCGGAUCAUACGACGACAACACAGUGAACAUUUAUAGACUUAUUUAUGAAGACUCUCUGUUCGACUGUUGUAUUGUGUUUAUGAGACUGGUAAGUUUACUGUUGUAUGGAGACUUCUCUGGAGACUCUCUGACUGACUUUAUGGAGAGACUGACUUAUUUAUGGGGACUCUCUGACAGACUUAUUUAUGGGGACUCUCUGACUGGUCUCCCUAUGGAGAAGAUGAAGUGUGAGGAGCAUCCCAGUGGUACUUUGUCCCAGUUCUGUGUCCCGUGUGAGACUGCCCUGUGUGAGAUCUGUAUCACGACCUCUAGUGAUCAUAAAAGGCAUGACGUUAGAGAUGUUGAGAAAUUGUAUCAUGAAUUUCACAAGAAGAAAGAUAAAGAUACAGUUUUGAUGUGCCUUCUUCUUUGCCAGAACUACAAAAUAAAUCUUGAAGAAGAGAAAUGGAUCAAAAAGUAUAAUGCUUUGGCUGAAGUUUUAAAAUUCAACAAAAUUGAGAAGCCAUCUGAUUUUAGCAAAAUGAAUGAGUACAAUCCAGUACUUAAGCAAGAUGGUCCAGAGGUCACAUUUAGCUGUGAAUUCUUCAAAAACACCACUUUUCUUAGAUUUGCAAAAGAUCCAAAAUUUGUGGAGAUUUUUCUGACAUCUGUAGAAAAAGAAAACACAUCUGAGUACUGCAGAUCGUGGGCCUAUCCAAAGAAAGAGGGUGAAGUCUUCUGCUGGUUAUCGCCACAACAAACGGAACAGUUGAUAGAGAAACUCGGAGAGGACAUUUUCACGCAUCCAACAUGGCAAGACCCUUCAAUACAUGAAGUUGCAUUUAGAAAUCUUGGCAUACCAAUGCAGGUCAUAAUGAGAGGUGAUGAUUCAGUGAAGAAUUUCCUUGAAAAUCUCAAGAAAGGAAAGACAACGAUGUACCACGCCACUGGGAUGUUGAUAGGAUGUGCAGGCAGUGGGAAAACAACGUUACUUGGAAGAUUAAAAGGCAUCGACUUGGAUGAUAUUCUGAAUAAUACAAGAUCCACCAGGGGAAUUGAUAUCCAGACCGACGUCUUUGAUGUGUCAAAAACCAUCGAAGUAAAUACAUCAGACCAAAAACAACGCUUUAAGGUUAGAAUUGAUGAAACAAGUAAAAAUCAAAGGGUUCCGGAACCUCAUAAAGAAAUAUCCAAUAAGAUGAAAUCGCUGGAUAUUGAUGACCAAGGAGAUAAUGAAGAAGACACUGCUAGCGAGGCCGCUAAUGAAGAAGAGAUGCCACAUGACAGCAUGAACACAAAAAACGAGUCACUCAAAGGAGACGAAGUCGCUGCUCAAUUUUUAGAAAAGACAGAGGAUAAAGUUGAUGAAACUCAAACUGUUGCUAAGAUUUCAGAAAGUUUGGGGAUUAUACGAGUUUCUAAACAAAAAAAGAGUGAACCAGAGAAAAAAAUUAGUAUGGUUGACUUUGCAGGGCAAUGUUCAUAUUAUUCCUCGCACCAGAUUUUUCUGAGUCCACGAGCAUUCUUCAUUUUGGUGUUCAAUAUGGAGAAAAACUUUGAUGAAAUGGUAGGAGAGGACGUGUGUAGCCAGGAACGUUCCAUUUACAAAGGAUACACCCACAGAGACUAUCUUACAUUUUGGGCAAAAUCCAUUCACCAAUACAGCAGCGAAAAGGCUCCCAUUAUACUGGUUGGCACUCAUGCUGAACAAAAGACACAUCAGGAAAAAGUGGAAUUUUUCCGUGAGAUAUGGAAGACUUUGGAAACAAAAACCAAGUCUUUGCAGGGGCAUCUUUUCAGGAAGAGAGGGUUUGCCAUAGGAUUCAACGAAAAUGAAGGCAUUGAAAAAAUCAAGCUGUCAAUUGUUGAUGUUGUUCAGAAACUUGAUCACUGGGGUGAAGUGCUUCCACAUUCCUGGGCUAUGUUUGAAAACUUCUUCCAGGAGAAGAAAUACCUUAAAAUAAUCAAUAAAAGAGUACUUUUGGCUUUCAAUGAAGCACUACCACAGGAUAUUAAAUUGGAGAUAGUUGAAGAUAUCAAUACCAUGCUGCAGUUUUUCCAUGACAUCAGAGAAAUCUUGUUUUUCAAUCAAGAAUUUCUGAGAGAAGUAAUCAUCCUAGAUGUUCAGUGGUUUGCAGAUGCAUUCAAAAAUGUAAUUACUGAUAAAAACCAUGCAAAUGAGGAUUUAUUAGAGUUUACAUCGGAGUGGGACCAAUUUGAUGACACUGGAGAAUUGAGUGACAUUUUGCUAUGCAGGAUUUGGAAAAUGAACAAUAAUGAAUACCUUGAACACAAAGAUGAGAUCAUGCUGUACAUGGAGAAGCUGGGGCUCUUGGCUAAAGUGGAUGACAAAAAUUGGUACGUUCCAUGUAUGAACAAAAAAGCAUUUCCCAUUAGUGCGUUUUCAUCACACCCCGCCUCAUCCAUCCUCUGCUACACGUUUGAUGUUCUUCCUGCUGGAAUAUUUCAUCGCCUUGUAGCUACAUGCAUGCAGAAUACUUCGAAGAUGUUUUCCUUUGAAGACCGUGGAUGCAUAUACCAGACUGCGGCUAAGUUCAUGUUUCAGGACCGCUACCAUAACGUUCUGAUCGGAAUGACCCAGACAGAAAUUCAGCUGCAGGUGUUCGUUGUAGAAGGAGAAGCUGAUGUUUCUAUAUGCCACAAAAUAAGAGUAAGAAUCGAGAAUGUGUUACAAGAUAUUUCUAACACAUUCCAGGAAAAUUCUGAAUUCCAUGUUGCGUUCAAAUGUAAACCUGUUGGAUUUUGUGACAGCAGAGAGAGUGCUGUCCUAAGUGAAUCAGAGUUUUCUCGAGCAACUUUUCAGUGUCCUUCCUGUAAAGAAGAGAAAAUCCAUAUUGUUACUACCGAGGACAUCACUAAGUAUUGGAAACAG